AGAAAAAAAAAGGAAAAAGUGCCUCAUCGCAUCGCAUGGAGGGUUCAUCGCUCCCGCCCCCUCGCCCUCACCCCUAGCACGCCGGCGCCACCAGCGCGUAGCCCGCCGGCGCCCUCGCCCGCCGCUUCCGCCACUCGCCGCUCCCGUGCCUUGGCGCUCCCGCCAAUCGCCGCUCCCGGCCCCGCGACUGGUCAAACAGCACUGACCGGCGACGCCGCGCUCGCCCGUCUCUGACGCCCCUCGCCGCCGCCGGUCUAUAGCUCCGCCGUUCGACGACCCCGCAGCCCGCGUCUCCAGGUAGCCAUCGCAAGGGGAGGCAACUUACAAGACAUCAGAAUACCUCGAUGGGCAAACAUUCCAUGAAGGGCCUCAGCAGUUCCAACCGAUGGUCCUCCAUAGCCAUGCUGGAAGAAGAUGAAAGGGCCUUGCAAUGUGAUUGGGUCAGCAAUUUACCUGAUGACCUGUUGCUCAAUAUCAUAGAGCGACUUGAUGUUGCAGACGCCAUGAGAACCGGCAUCCUCUCCAGACGUUGGAAGCUGAUCCCUACUAUGCUCUCCAAAAUUCUUAUAGAGGUUGGUUCCACUGAUAACGAGCAAAAGAGGACCUGUGAUGUUGCUCGGGCCAAUGCAACCGUGCUUGGAGCAACCCGAAGCCUUUUCAAAAGCAGGAUUGCAAGUCCAUACACCAUCCACCACCUGUGCAUGCAAUUCUUUUUGGGAGCUGGAUCCAUUAGAAUUGGCCGGGCCUUGGCCAACACCAUAGCAACACAGAAGGUUGGUGUGGCGGAGUUCACAAUCUUGACAGAGAAGGAAGGCAAACGAUGCAGCAUUAAUGAUCGGUUUGCUUACGGGAGGCAGUUCAACUCACUUAUUAACUUUUGUGGGGACACAUUCAGUGGUCUCACACGACUGAAGCUAGAGAAUUUGAAGCUUGGUGGAUCUGAUUUCCCUAGAAUUUUCAGAUUGUGCAAACGACUUGAGUUCCUCCACUUGGACAACUGUGACAUGGGGUUUCGGUCUUUGAUGGAGGUGGAACACCCGCGGCUCCGUGAGCUGGAGAUUUUCAGGAGUGAUUUUGAGAGGGUUGAUCUGAACUGGCUGCCAGAGCUCACAACGCUGACUAUUUCUUUUUGGAUUUCUCUGCAUGAUCCGUUGUCUUGUGGUUAUGUCCCACUGCUCCACACCGUGAGCAUCAGAAAUCCGGCUCUUUCAUGGCACAAGAUGCUUAAGUUAAGUGAAUUUCUUGGCAAAGCCACCGUAAGCAACCUGACUUUGGGCUUUGAAAAAGAAAAGAUUUGGGUUAAACCUGAAGAUCCGAGAGAUUUGUGGCCGGUGUUCAACAAACUAAGGCUUGUGAAUUUGGCUGCCAUUUCAGAAGAAUGUGAUCUGACUUGGACGAUGUUUAUUCUGCAAGGUGCACCUUCCCUUGAGGAGCUACGCAUCAGGGUUUGCGACUGUUUGGGGAUAUGGGAUGAGGAAGAGAGGGAGAAGCACGCGUAUAGCAAGGAGAGGAAGGACGCCAGUGCAAAAUGGGAAGCAUCUGGUUUCAAGCACCACAAUCUCUCGGUGCUCAGGAUCUUUGGGUUUCAAUCAGAAGACAAGUUUGUGGAUGCAUAUGCACCCGCUGUUAAGGCUUCACUUCCGAUUUUAAGAAAAUAAUUGAGUUAUGGUCCUGUUGGCCCUGAUGAAGGCUUAUUAACAUUUUGUGUCUAGCUACGUUACUAUCUCGUCUUUACAAUUUGAGGAUGAAAAGUGUUGGUUGUUUUGUACCUCAGAAGUGACUGCACACUGUAUUAUGGCAACAUAUCCUGUGCAUCGGGCUGCUUUGUUUAUCA